UAUUGAUUUUCAGUCGAAGUUAAAUUCGAAUCUCCCUCUUCCCUUUCGUUGGCUUUCCCUCUCUCUGUUUCUCUCGCACUUUGGGUUCUGCUGGCGCCGGCUUAUGGAUGUCGCCUCCAAGUCCGAUUCCGGCGACGGGGAGUGGGAGAUCUGCAACGACAGAGGCUUCAUCUACAAGCGCCGCCGCCGCCGCCGCGUGCUGGAUCCAGUGCAGGCGGAGGCGGGCACGAGCGCAGCAGGGGAUUCGGAGGCGGAGCAGAGGCGGUGCCGCCGUGAUUUACGGCGGCGGUGCCUCCUCCACCUCCGGGAUCUGUUUCGGAGGGAGUUGGAGCUUCUGGAGCCCCUUUCGUCAGGUCCUGUCGAUCUCACCCCCGCGAUGCCGACCGAAGCUGCUCCGGAAGCUCCGCCGGCGGUGGCCGAGCCUCCGCAUCCGGAUCCUGGAGAAGAUAUCCAGAAGUCCUUAGUCGAUGACCUACUUUCUCAGGUAGAGAUUCAAGAAGCGGUUCUUCGGAAGCUCUCAGAGAGCUGCGAUUAUGUGGACUCUUUGUGCAACGAAAAAGAAGAGAGAUUGCUGCAAUCUCUAAUGGCGUUGCCAAUUUGGGGAAGUCCUCGCUCUCUUGUUCUCUCGUUAUCUAAAUGAUCUCAAGAUAACAUCUUUUACCUCCAUUAGGGAAGCAUGUUUUCUGUACAAUUAUGUAUGAAUGGGUUUUUGUUUGCUUGCUGAUUCUUAUAUGUCUAUUUGCGCCUGACGUUUUGGAAGAAAUGAAGUAAUGCUCAUGCUCUGUUAAAAAAUAAUAAAAAAAACUACUUUAGAUUGUCUCU